AUGGGUGAUCACGCAUUCGCUUUGCAGUUGCCUGGUCCUUCUAACAUCAUAUCCUUGUCGGAGUUGUCCCAGUUCAUCAGAUACUACGGCAGCCCAGCGAGCCCGGUGCAUGGGCUACUAAAUUACAACAAUAAUAAUAAUAAUACCUCCUUGUAUCUUUUUCCCCCUGUUGCAGCUCAGCAAACCAUGCAGGAUGAUUUACUGAUGGACAAAAACAAAGCCCAGCCUCACCAUCAGCAAGAUCCGACGCAAGUAGACCCUCCUCCCUCCACACCGACCCCUUCAUCGGAUCCCACUUCUUCUUCAUCCGAGUCGGAGAGUCCGUCGACCGGGAACAACCAAGCGGCUUCAGCGCUGAGCAGCGGCAGCAAGGACAAAGUGCUGAUGGAGUCGCCGAUCCUACCCGGUUUGAGCUUCCACCACCAGCCGCAGGAGACCGGCGGCCCCCUUUCCUCCCCUUCCUCAUCGUUUGGGAGCACUUGGUCCACUGGAACCACAAAUGCUGUGGACGAUAGCUUGUUCCAGGGAAUACCCUCAGUGAACGGGACGAUGCUUUUCCAGAACUUCCCCCACCACAUCAACCCGGUAUUCGGGGGUAAUUUCUCCCCGCAAAUCGGUCUAGCUCCCCAGUCGCAACAGCAUCAGCAGCAAGCCCAACAGCAGCAACAGCAGCCCCAGCAGAGGAGAUCCCCCGUCAGCCCCAACCAAGGCCCGUUCCCACAGAGAAACGCUUAUCAGACCAUCAUGAAUAACAGCAAGGGGACCUCGCCGUCUUCCUCCGCGUCGUCGUCUGCUUGGAAUAAUCACCAAAACGCAGCGUGGAGCACAGCCUCAAACCCCUGGAGCGGGCUGCAGGCUGGUAGGGACCCACGCAGAGCUGUGGGCGUCGGGGUAGGGGUCGGGGUUGGAGUCGGCGUCGGAGUGCCGUCACCCCUGAACCCAAUCUCCCCAAUGAAAAAGCCCUAUACCAGCAACGUUAUAGCACCCCCCAAAUUCCCACGACCUGGUCCCCUCGCCCCCAAACCCUGGAUGGAGGACAGCGCAUUCAGGACUGACAACAGCAACAACAUACUGCCUUUCCAGGACCGGAAUCGGCCCUUUGAUGCUUUUAGCUUGCACUCUUUGGAGAAUUCCUUAAUGGAUAUGAUAAGGACUGACCAUGACAAAGGUAAACCACACCCUGCCGGUGGCCCACCAAUGACUAUCGCUGAUAUUAUAUGGAGGAAUCAUUUUGCAGGACGCAUGGGCCUCAACUUUCAUCAUCCUGGAGCAGACCACAUAAUGCCAUUGAAUACCCGGAGCUAUGGCCGCAGAAGAGGCCGUUCCUGUCUUUUUCCCUUUGAAGACGGUUUCCUCGACGAUGGCCACGGUGACCCCUCCUUGACUCCAGGCCUGAACUCGCCAACCCGCGGUCAGAACGGAGAAAGGAUGGAGCGCUACUCCAGGAAGGUCUUUGUUGGAGGCCUUCCCCCUGACAUAGAUGAAGAUGAAAUUACCAACAGUUUUCGUCGCUAUGGGCACCUGGUGGUAGACUGGCCCCACAAAGCUGAGAGCAAAUCCUACUUCCCCCCUAAAGGUUAUGCCUUCCUGCUUUUCCAGGAAGAAUCCUCUGUUCAGGCUCUGAUUGACGCCUGCAUCGAAGAGGAUGGAAAACUCUACCUGUGUGUAUCCAGUCCAACCAUCAAAGACAAACCGGUCCAGAUCCGUCCCUGGAACCUGAGCGACAGUGACUUUGUCAUGGAUGGCUCCCAGCCUCUGGAUCCCCGCAAGACCAUCUUUGUUGGGGGGGUGCCACGGCCCCUGCGUGCAGUGGAACUGGCUAUGAUUAUGGACCGGCUGUACGGAGGUGUUUGCUAUGCUGGCAUCGACACAGACCCGGAGCUCAAAUACCCAAAGGGAGCUGGCCGUGUGGCCUUCUCCAAUCAGCAGAGCUACAUCGCUGCCAUCAGCGCUCGCUUCGUUCAGCUGCAGCACAAUGACAUCGACAAAAGGGUGGAGGUCAAACCAUAUGUCCUGGACGACCAGAUGUGCGAUGAGUGCCAGGGGGCACGCUGUGGAGGCAAGUUUGCCCCCUUCUUCUGUGCCAACGUCACCUGCCUGCAGUACUACUGCGAAUACUGCUGGGCCAGCAUCCACUCGCGAGCCGGCCGAGAGUUUCACAAGCCACUGGUGAAGGAAGGCGGUGACCGCCCUCGACAUGUGUCCUUCCGCUGGAGCUGAGGGGGUGGGUGGAGUCCACGAGUCAGUCCUGCCCCUGGUGACACCCCCCCCCCCCCCCCAGAAAAAAUCCCCCCGCAGCCCAGAACGGGGCUGCAACCCACCUCCCUGCAGCCCCAUCCACUCCACCCUGCACCCCACGAAACACCUCAUGAUAAAAAAAAGCGAAAAUGACACCAUCAAACACAUGGGACUUUCUUCAUAGCACACGACUCUGAACUCAUUGUCUAGUGUUCCCCUCUGAUGAAGCUUUGUGGGGAAUGGAAAUGCGAAAGUCCAUCAGCUUAGAAUUUGCACUUUGGCACAAAGUCUCACUAAACUCACACACACAUACACACACAGGAUGGUAUGUUAGACACCUGGCUACUUUUAGUUCCCUGUUCUGUUGACUGGGUGGUGUGGUACAUACUGUUGGACAACCCCCCCCCCCCUUACUGAGACAGAGGUGGGACCAUGCAAAUAUUUAAUAUAUAUAAAUAUAUAAAUAUAUAUAUUUUGUUUUGUACCUAUCUAUACAUCUAUAGAUAAUUUAAAUUUUAUGUAAAAGGAGCAUGCACUUAUUUUCAAAAGCUGUAGUUAUAUUGCCCCUGAUUUAAAAAAAAAAAAAAAAAGAGAGAGAGAGA